UGCCUCUGAUACUGGAUGCCCAACUGCUAGAAUGGAAUUCAAAACCAGAACUCCUUGCCUUGUUUCUCGAUGAAGCAAACACCUUAAUAUCGCGAGUACUGCAGCACCUUGUGGAGACUGGCUAGGAUAGUAAGUACUGCAUAGAACCAUGUCGUGUCAAUCUGGAUCAGAAGAUCUAACCAAGUCAUUGGUCUUUCGUCUCCAUGAAGGCACACCUGAAAUUGUGCGUGAUGUUCUCCUUGAGCGUGGUUGGGUGGAAUUUAAUGAGGAAGAACAGGAUGAAAAUGAUUGGAACUUAUAUUGGCGAUCUGGUUUUUCCAAUGCAGAGUAUGAAAACAUUAUGCCUUGGCAAAGAUUGAUCCACUACCCAAAAAUCAUGGGCAUAACUCGAAAAGACAAUCUUGCUCGUAAUUUAAAGCGUAUGUCAGGGGUUUAUGGUUCUACAACAUAUAACUUUAGCCCUAUAGCUUUCAUUCUUCCCAAUGAUUACACCAAAUUUGUUGCUGAAUAUACAAAAGACAAGAAAGCAAAUGGUGGAAAGCUUGGAUACUGGAUAUGCAAGCCUGUUGAUCUCUCUCGUGGUAGAGGAAUAUUUAUAUUUCAAGAUAUUAAAGAUUUGACUUACAGCUGUUCUGUUAUCGUACAAAAAUAUAUCAGCAAUCCUCUUCUUAUCUCUGGUUACAAAUUUGAUUUGCGAAUCUAUGUUUGUGUCACUAGUUUCUGUCCAUUGAUAGUUUAUAUAUAUCAAGAAGGUCUGGUGCGGUUUGGGACAGAAAAGUAUAGUCUUGCAUCUUUAGAUAAUGUAUAUGCUCAUUUGACAAACACCAGCAUCAAUAGAUUUGGACCUUCCUACACUAUGGAUAAAGAACGGGUUGGUUCUGGUUGCAAAUGGACAAUGAGUCAAUUCCGUGCUUUUCUGCAUAGUCUUAAUAUAAAUGAACCACUCAUGUGGCAGAAGAUAAGCAAUAUUGUGACAAUGACUUUGCUAACAAUUACUCCCUCCAUUCCAUCCCCUCCGAACUGUCUUGAACUCUUUGGGUUUGAUAUCCUAAUAGAUGAAAACAUAAAACCAUGGCUUUUAGAAGUAAAUUAUAGUCCAGCACUAAUGGUAGACUGUAAUGCUGAUGUAAUAGUGAAGAAAGGGCUUUUAUAUGACCUCAUUGAUCUGCUGAAUUAUAAAGAGGUCGAUAGGUUGCGCCAACGUGGUUACCCAAGUCCCUGGCAAUAUAAUAUACUUUCUCGGAGCCAUCCUUCCUUUUGUGUGACUAACUCAUUUGGAAAUGUGCUGCCUCUUCACUCCAAUGCUUCUAAAAAAGCAAAUGAAAUUUGGUCCAGUUCCCAAAAUGAUUCACUGUUAGUCUAUCGUAAAAAUUGUAAUCAAUCUAAUGGGUACAACCAAAGUGAAGAUCAAGAGAUGGAUUCCCAAAAAGUAGAAGAAGAGAACAAAUCAUCUUAUACCAGCAAACAGUUCUCUCAUAUCCCAAGUUCCACUGGGGAAGAUUCUGGGAAAAAUAUCAAGAAGGUAUAUAGUUCUACAGGUGCUGUGUCUGUCUAUUGUUUGGACCCUAAGAAAUGCAUAAAGAAUGUGAAGCCCACUAGAUCACUGCCAAAGAAAACCCUGACUUCACAGAUGAGAGAAAAGAUGAAUAGAAGUUAUAUACGCACACAGAAUCCAGUGGGCAGAGUCAUGUUGCUGGGAGCAAAAUAUGAACAGUCUGAUGGGAAUUUUCAUAAAACGGGCCCAAGAUUUCCUUCAGUUGAUUUGCAAAGAUACCAACUAGCAUCUUUUCCUCAGUACAGUCUUUCAGAAGUUGAUAAGAAGCCUAAGAACCGCAUUGGUGACUUUAUACUGACAUUUCCAUUUAAUGAAAUAACACUAAAGGCUUCCCGGGACCCUAUAAACAUAAGGAUCAUAAUGCAGGAAUUGCAGAAGAUGCCAAAGAUAUUACAGCUGCCAAAGAGUGCAAAAAGUAAAAGUGAGCCCCAUCUGGAUAGCUCUUCUAACAGAAAAGAAUGUUUUGGUUCUUUUCUGUGGGGUCCACGGAAUCCUCCAUUGCUUAGUGAAUGCUGCUUUCAAAAUUAA